CACUGGAAAAAGUAUGUCGCAUCGAGUGUAUCGAAGACGACAGACCAAGAAACUGUCGUAAUUAGGUGUGAUUUUUAUAAUUCUACCAUUCAUAAAAACGCAUUCAUGGUCCAAAAACGAGAAGAAAUACAUUUUAAAAAACAUUAAUACAAUAAUACGUAUGUAAAAAUCACUAAAAGACAGUAAUUCAUGUAGACGCAUAGAUUAGCAAAACUGAUUUUUUUUUCUGUUUUUAGUUACGAGAUGGGUUUUUUUUCUUUUUGGACACAAUGAGACGAGAAGAAAUCAAGUGUCUUCUACCUGCGCAUGACACCAAGCGAUUAGCCAAGGUUUCACCACCAGCACCUGUCGACAAUCAUCAGUCGGCGAAGAUUCAGUCCUCGUCUUUGGGAACAAACAGCACAAAGCCAACAGCCAGCAUCACGAUGACGGACGUACCGAAGGCACCUGCACUUUGUUCUCAAAGAUGGAACCUCGCUGUAAUGUGUUUCUUCGGCUUCCUUUUAUCCUACGUUGUUCGUAUGAACCUGAGUGUGGCCAUCAUCUGCAUGGUGCGCGCGCCGCAAGUCAACGUCACUUCCGCGGAUCAAAGAAACUUGGGAAAACACGGACUAACCUCUGAAGUCAGCUCUGGUCUUCUGAAUGUGACUGCAGACACCAAGACAGCAGAGGAGUAUACAACUGAUGAAAAUUACUGCGGUCUGGAAAUAAUAAAACCAGCCUCAUCUUCGAAUAAUGGUGAAUUUGACUGGGAUAAGAGGACGCAAUCUCUGCUUUUGGCCAUGUAUUUCUACGGGUACAUUUUCACUCAAAUUCCGGGUGGCUGGCUGGCCGGUCGCUACGGUGGGCGGCGUGUGUGGGCGGUCAGUCAAACCAUCUGUGCCCUCAGUACCCUGGCCACGCCCCUCGCUGCACGUGCCCAUGUCUACCUGGUCUACGCCCUCAGGUUUCUCCUGGGAUUAGCUGCGGGUGUAUCGACUCCCUGCGUUUUCUCCAUCAUGGGCAGGUGGGCUCCGAAGCUGGAGAGAAGCAAACUAAUGUCAUUCUGCAUCACUGGAUUUUCAGCUGGAAAUAUUCUGACCUUUUCGCUGUCCGCCCUUCUGUGUGUUUAUGGGUUUGACAACGGCUGGGGCUCCAUAUUCUACCUGUCUGGUGUAGGUAACCUCCUGUGGGUCGUGGUAUGGUGUAUAGUGACGGCCGACACACCAGCUCAACACAAGAGGAUCAGCGAGGUGGAAAGGAACUACAUACAGAGUUCCAUUGGUGACACCCUCGAGAAAAAAGAAAUCUUGCCAACGCCAUGGAGAGGUAUUUUUACAUCAGCUCCUUUCUGGGCGUGUGUUGUUGCUGAAAUUUGUAGUACAUACACUGCAUAUACACUACAGACGUCACUUCCUGCUUUUAUGAAGGAGUCAUUGAAAUUUGAUAUCAAACAGAACGGAGUUCUAUCGGCCUUGCCCUACCUGUGUCAAGCAGUGAUGUCCACCUUGUCGGGGCAAGUGGCGGACACGUUGAGAAACAGGGACAUCCUCAGCACCAAGAACACCAGAAAGCUCUUCUAUUUUGUGGCGUCCUUUGGAUCCGCCACAUGCAUCGUGUCUGCUGGCUACGUGAGUUGUACUCAGCGACCCCUGGCGGUGUUCCUGCUGUGCCUUUGUCUUUGUUUCCAUGGCUUGAGCAGCGUCAGCUUUUUUGUCAAUCACUUUGAUCUCGCCCCUAGACAUGCUGGGGUGACAUCUGCCAUAUCGAACACGGUAGCCACGGCAUCUGGCAUGGUCGCGCCGCUGGUGGUUGGAGCCCUGACGCCAAACAGAACAGCUGAAGAAUGGCGUCACGUGUUCUACGUCUUCGCCGCUGUGUCCGUUGUGGGAGCGAUGGUGUACGGCAUCUUUGCGGAGGGAGAGUUACAGAGCUGGGCGGCUCCUCCACCUGUGGACGACACUGUAAAGGAAGAAAGCGCUAAACUGGAAGACGACAGCGAGAAUGAUGCUCAUACCAUCUUCUAGUGAAUAGACGUUUCUGUAGGGGACGUCACCCAAAACUUACGAUGAUCUUGUGUCCCCACAAAAGAAGAGCACCAUCAUUUAGCAGCCACAAAAGUAGAAUCUAAGUAAUAUCUCUUUUUAUAUUUAAAAAAGUUGGACAAGUUGAACUGUUUACACUUUAUACGACAAAAGAAAUGUGAUGAACUAUUAAUUGAACCUGUUUUAAACUCUAUAGAAGAAAGAUAUUUAGGAAGCAAGAAUUUGCUUACGCUGUGUACAGGAGACCAAAUUUGUCGGAAAUUUCACAAGUUUAUUUUCUCUGACACACAUUGUCACAUCCAGACCCCUACAUGCAUUAAAGAAAUGAGCAUAAAUAUACUUGAAGGCUCUAUGAAUGUGGAAAUAAAGUGAGAAACAAA